GGCACGAGCGGAAGCCGCAUUUGUUGUUCUUCCCUGUGCUUCCGAGACGCUGAGGGUCUGCGCGGGUUCGACGGCCGCAUAUGUCUCCUCCGGCCCCGCCAGUGAAGCGUCUUCUGCCGGCCCCGCAUGCAGAUUAACAGGUAUGCCAAAGGAAAAAUAUGACCCUCCAGAUCCCCGCCGAUGUUACACCAUCAUGUCAUCCGAGGACGUAGCCAAUGGGAAGAAGUCUUACUGGGCUGAGCUGGAGAUCUCUGGGCGGGUGAGGAGUCUGAGCACCUCGCUGUGGACGCUCACUCACCUGACGGCGCUGCACAUCAACGACAACAACCUGAGCCGCAUCCCGCCGGACAUCGCCAAGCUGCCACACCUGGUCUACCUGAACCUGUCGUCCAAUAAGCUCCGGAGCCUGCCGGCCGAACUGGGCAACAUGGUCGCUCUCAGGGAAUUGCUUUUAAACAACAAUCUUUUGCGAGUUCUGCCUUACGAACUUGGGAGGCUGUUCCAGUUACAAACCCUGGGGCUGAAAGGAAAUCCUUUGUCCCAAGAUAUCCUGAAUCUGUACCAGGAGCCGGACGGAACCAGGAAGCUUUUGAACUACAUGCUCGACAAUCUAGCCGUGCACCCAGAGCAGCUCCCCCAAAGACCUUGGAUCACGCUGAAGGAGCGAGACCCGAUGAUGCCCGCGGCCGUGUUCACGGUCAUGUGCUACAACGUGCUGUGUGACAAGUACGCCACGCGGCAGCUGUACGGCUACUGUCCGUCCUGGGCCCUCAACUGGGAGUACCGGAAGAAAGGCAUCAUGGAGGACAUCACCGGCUGUGACGCUGACAUCAUCAGUCUCCAGGAGGUGGAGACGGAGCAGUACUACACCAUGUUUCUGGAAACGCUAAAGGAGCACGGCUACGACGGCUACUUCUGUCCAAAGUCUCGCGCCAAACUGGUUUCUGAACAGGAGAGGAAACACGUGGACGGCUGCGCUGUGUUCUUCAAGACUGAGAAGUUCACGCUGGUCCAGAAACACACUGUGGAGUUCAACCAGGUGGCCAUGGCCAACUCGGAGGGCUCCGAGGUCAUGCUGAACAGAGUGAUGACCAAAGACAACAUCGGCGUGGCCGUGCUGCUCGAGGUCAACAAGGACGUGUUCUCCGGCGGCAUGAAGCCGCCACAGGAGAAGCAGUUGAUCCUGGUGGCCAACGCCCACAUGCACUGGGACCCCGAGUACUCGGACGUCAAGUUGAUCCAAACCAUGAUGUUCCUGUCGGAGCUGAAGAGCAUCGCUGAGAGGGCCUCGGGCUCCAUGGCGACCGGCUCGCCGGCCUCCGACCCGUCCUCCGUCCCCAUCGUCCUGUGCGCUGACCUCAACUCGCUGCCUGACUCUGGGGUGGUUGAAUACCUGAGCAACGGAGGAGUGGCUGAGAACCACAAGGACUUCAAGGAGCUCCGCUACAGCGACUGUCUGACCAACUUCAACUGCAACGGCAAGAACGGCAACUCGGACGGGAGCAUCACUCACAGCUUCCAGCUGAAGAGCGCCUACGACAGCAAUCUGAUGCCUUACACCAACUACACAUACGACUUCAAGGGCGUGAUCGACUACAUCUUCUUCUCAAAGAACCACAUGAGCGUCCUGGGCCUCCUGGGGCCGCUGGACAGCCAGUGGCUCACCGACAACAACAUCACCGGCUGCCCCCACCCCCACAUCCCCUCGGACCACUUCUCCCUGCUGGCCCAGCUGGAGCUGCGCCCCUCCCUGCCCCAUCCGCUCAACCCCCUCAACGGGCUGCACCUGCCGGUCAACAGGUAGUGCAGCCUGACGGGGGGGCCCCGCCCACCCUUCCUGUCCCACCUUUUAAACACUGCCCCUCCCACCUCCCCCCCCCCUCCAGCUUUAUACAGGACCCUGUACAGUUUACCGAUCACGUUAGACCUCAGACACCAUCCAACCCUCUCCAGCCCUGAGACACACUGACCCAGAAGGAGUGAAGUAUUCGCCCUGGUUGUUGCUCCUCUUUGUGUUGUUUUUGCACACUGUAAAUGUUUAUUUGGUUUUCUUUCCCCCCCUAAGAAACCAAAUGUUGGGAUGAAGCUGCUUUUUCUUUUUUGCCUUCGACAUGAUCCCAGUCGCUCGUUGACUCUGCUCCUGUCACAACAAACCUUCACUAGUCGACCUUUUUAAGAAAUGUCCUCUGAAUUUGAUUUGGG